AUAUUUGGUAUAAAGUCUGUCCAAACAGGUCCCAUGUCGUUCCCAUCCCAUGUUCUUACAAAAUUCCUCAAUUCAAUAAAUUAUAUUAUCCUCAAUCCAUCAUUCUGUCUACAUUAAUUUCUGCAAAUCGAUCUCAAUUUAUGGAUAACAAACCAUUUGUUCUGGCUAACGGCACUCUUCUUUCGAUCCACGACGACAAGUUCAUCCUCCCGGCGGCGGAGCGGCCGGCGGCGUCCAAGUCAAUCCCGAUUCCGGUCAUCGACUUGGACGAGAAACAAGCAUCUUUGAUCGGGAAAAUCCGCGACGCCUGCGAAGGCCACGGCGUGUUCCAUAUCAUCAACCAUGGCGUGCCGAAGGAAUUGUGCCGGAAAAUGAUCGGAGCCGUUCACGACUUCUUUAGACUCCCCGCCGAAGAAAGAUCGCAUCUUUUCACCGACGACAAAACCAAGCCUCUACGGGUCUCGAAUUUUUACCUCAACGGCGAUGAUGAUAAAUUCACCAUGUGGAGCGAGGUUUUAGCGCACCCUUGGCAUCCAUCGGACGACUUUUCUCAUCUUUUGCCGCGAAAUCCUCCACAUUAUCGAGAAUUGGCGGGCGAGUACGCCAAGGAAGUCGGUUGGCUCGUCACGCGGCUAUUACGGUUGAUAUCGCAAGCAUUGGGGCUAAAGAAAGAUUACUUGCAAGAACGGCUCGGGGAUAAGCCGAGGCUAGUGGCGCAUGCCAAUUACUACCCACCGUGUCCGCGGCCCGAGCUCACUUUAGGAUCACUUUCUCACACGGACGUCAUCGCAAUCACUGUUCUCUUGCAAUCCGAGGAUGUCUCCGCCUUACAAGUGAUGCAAGACGGGCAAUGGGUGCCGGUGGAUCCUCUUCCUGGCGCCCUUCUUGUCAACAUCGGCGAUCAAAUCGAGGUUAUGAGCAAUGGAAAGUACAAGAGUGUGCACCAUAGGGUAGUGACAAACAAGGACUUGGACCGAGCUUCGAUUGCCAUGUUCUAUGGACCAAAUAUGGACUCGAUGAUCGGUCCGAUUGACGAGUUGCUCGACGAAGAACAUCCUCCGAUUUAUAGGACCUAUUGUUUUCGAGAAUUCAUGGAAGAAUUUCUAAGGCAGGAGAGCACAGUGUGGAGGGUGAAGGAGGCUUUCCGGUUGAACCAUUAACGACUUCCAUGUAGUCUCGAUCGAACAACCUACGAUUAUACAAGAGCAUGUAUAAUAGCGACAAGAUUUAUUAUCAUUCGAUUCCAUCGAAUUGACUAUGCAUCCAUAAAAAUAAUAUUACAUCAAAUAAUUUAUUUAUUUUUC